GAAUUAGACAUUUGUGCUGUCAUCCUCUCGCUCCCCUCUGGUUUUGUGAAAGCUUCCUCCACCAACACAGAAGGGAGAGCUCGGGCUCUGACAAGAAUCCCGCCCGUGGAUGUAUUUAAUCGGUUGGAUACAAAUGUUCUAGGAUUUGGUGCUCCAAUUCUACGCCAUGGAUUGAUUCAUUCCAGGGAUUUACAUGUGGAUUUUGUGCCUGCAGUUACACUGCUUGGAGGAAAGGUUUAAGUUAUGGACAUUCUCAACUCAGCAGAGACUUGGAAAUGGCAAGUAAAGUGCUUCUUUCUCCUUUGUAGCUGGGGCUGGGUCUCCGGGCAGCUUCGCUACUCUAUUGUCGAGGAGUCUGAGUCGGGGACAGUGGUGGGAAAUGUAGCUCAGGAUUUGGGACUGAAAAUCACAGACCUGUCUAAGCGCAGGCUUAGAAUGGGGACAGAGGGAAGCAGAAAAUACUUUGCUGUGAACUGGGAGGACGGAGCUUUAGUUGUGAAUGAAAAGAUAGACAGGGAGAGCCUGUGUGGAACUAGUACAAGCUGCUUGCUACCGCUUGAGGUAGUUAUAGAAAAUCCGCUACAACUGCAUCGUGUCAUGGUAGAAAUUCUAGAUAUCAAUGACAACCCUCCGAUGUUUUCAAAUCCCGAAAGGACUAUAAAAAUCACUGAACUCUUAGCGAGUCCGGGAGCUAGAUUUGUCCUGGAAAGUGCGCACGACUUGGACGUAGGCUCCAAUGGAAUUAAACAAUAUAGACUCGACCCCAGUCCUUACUUCUCGCUGUCUGUAAAGAAACGUAGCGACGGAACGCUCGUUCCCGAAUUAGUGUUGGAGAAAGUUUUAGACAGGGAAGAAGUAGAUAAACAUCAUCUGAUCCUCACAGCUGUAGACGGCGGCGACCCCCCUCGAUCAGGAACCACCCAGAUAAAUGUCGUUGUUAUGGAUUUAAAUGACAAUCCGCCAGUAUUCGAUAAAGGAUUAUAUAAAAUUAACGUACAAGAAAAUUCCCCCCCUAAUACUGCGCUGUUACAACUUAAUGCCACGGAUCUUGACGAAGGAGUCAAUGGGGAGAUAGAAUACUCCUUUGAAGAGCACAUGCCGGAUUCCUUCAAAAAAAUAUUUGCCUUAAACCCAAAGACGGGUGUUAUUUCUAUUAUUGGACCUAUAGAUCAUGAGGAAUCAAGGACAUUCGAGUUGCCGGUUAGAGCGAGAGACAGAGGAGUGCCUGAAAUGGAAGGUAAUUGUAUUAUCCAAGUAGAAAUCGAUGAUGUCAAUGAUAAUGCUCCAGAGAUCCUUGUGACCUCUUUGAUGACAGAUGUUCCAGAAGAUACACCAGUGGGCACCGUUGUUGGUCUUUUCAGAGUGAAAGAUAGAGAUUCGGGGCAAAAUGGGCAAGUGACGCUGGAGUUACCAUCUAGUUUACCAUUUAGGUUCACUUUUUCGCAUGACCAUUACUCCUUAGUUACUAAUGAUGUUCUGGACAGAGAAGCAGUAUCUCAGUAUGUCAUUGAUCUGAUUGCCAGUGAUAUGGGUUCUCCUCCUCUAAGGACGCAACAGAUCAUCACUUUGAAAAUUUCAGACAUCAAUGACAACCAGCCUACAUUUUCCCAAGCUACGUAUACCGCUGGCGUUCAAGAAAACAACACACCUGGAGAACUACUGGUGGAGGUAUCCGCCUCAGAUCCAGAUGAAGGUGAGAACUCAAACUUAGUUUACUCAAUCAUUGACAGCCAGGUGGAAGGGUCUUCUUUGAUAUCGUCUUUUGUAUACAUCAAUACAAAAUCUGGUGGAAUUUAUGCACAACGCUCAUUUGAUUUUGAAGAAAUCCAGGUUUUACAGGUCCCAGUAAAAGUGGAAGAUUCUGGAUCUCCGAAACAAGUUUCCAAUGCAACAGUUUUUAUCUUCAUUUUGGAUACAAAUGACAAUGCUCCAAGGAUAUUCUAUCCGGAAUAUAACAAUGAGUUCAUUGCCCAACAGAAGAUCCCAAAGUCAUCGCCUGCUGGUUAUUUUGUUACAAAACUCACUGCCAUGGAUUUAGAUUCUGGCCACAAUGCAUGGUUAUCUUACGAAAUUUCUAAGGCCACGGACCCAUCUUUAUUUUCCAUUUCUUCACAAAAUGGGGAGAUCAGAACAGCUCGUAGUUUUCAGGAGACAGAAAAUCUGGAACAGAGCCUAUUGAUUUUAGUUAAAGACCACGGGGAACCACCUUUAUCGGCCACUGUCACAAUCCUAGUCACCUUAGACGAUGGGGUAGUCCAAGAAAACAUGAAGUCCAAGGAUUUAUUUCAGAGUUCACCUAACAAAUCUGACGUGACCAUGUAUUUAAUCAUUUCCCUUGUGGCUAUAAGCUGUGUGUCCUUCAUCACUUUUACUAUAUUACUCAUCAAAUGCUUAAAAAAGGAUCAUGGAGGUUCUGGGUGGUGCUGCAAGGAUACCUCCACACCAAGCCAUUAUACAGGGCAAUACCCAACUCUUCGUCUGAACCCAGAUGGUACUCUGAAAUAUAUGGAAGUUAGAAUGGGUCCUAUGGAUCCCCAGGGUCAGUGUUACACAUCCUGUUUUUCCACCAUGUCUGAUAAAAAUGAUUUCACCUUCAUGAAGCCAUUAAAUUUCCCACAGCUGAAAAGUUUGGUCGGUGAAACUGAGGUUUUAUUCCCUCCUGUAAAUGGUCCUGCCCAGCAGGCGCAACCUAAUGGAGAAUGGCGCUUCUCACAGGCUCAGAGACCCGGACCGAGCGGAGCACAACCUGCAGAGGAAGCUGGAGUGUGGCCAAACAACCAGUUCGAAACCGAGAGACUUCAGGCGAUGAUUCUGGCAUCUGCUAAUGAAGCUGCUGAGGGAACCUCAGGCCUCGGAGGAGGAACAGGCACCAUGGGCCUUAGUGCUCGAUACGGACCCCAGUUCACCCUGCAGCACGUUCCAGACUACAGGCAAAACGUCUACAUACCAGGGAGUACCUUGACACCAACCAAUGCUGGAGGAAAACGUGACGGAAAAGGCGGAGGUAACAAGAAGAAAUCUGGCAAGAAGGACAAGAAGUAAUCGUCUUUACGAAAGAGUUUUCUUUAUACCAACAGGGCAGAAUUAUUUGAACGCUUCCCUAUGUGAAAAAGAAAAAUAUUAGGGCAAAAAGUUGAAUGUCAUCUUUGGACAUAGGAGAAAAACAAUGGCUAGAAUGUGUCAUUGUUAGAGCUGGAUGAAGAACGUCCUCCUCACCGGUGGAUUUCUUCUGCUUCCAGCUCUAAUGAUGAGAACAUUAUAUUAAACCUCAAAAACAAGUGCCCUGUCAAUAUUAGCUAAGAUUUUGUAUUAGUGCAAGCUGAUUUCAUGAUGAUAUGCACUCUUUUUACAAGCUGUUAAAAAUUUGGUUUGCUUCCACAUAAGACACCUUGUGGAGCUUCUUCCAUUGUAUAUAAUUCCAGCAAAAGUAGUUAUUUAUAAUUUAUAAACAUUCAGGUAUUCGAGAAGCGAUUCUUGGCUUUUUACCCAUUUUUUCCAUUUUGCUUGACUAACUAUUGGCAGUAACACAAUUGUAUGGCAUCAAAAUUUGGGUAAGCGGAAACAUGUGACCUGAAUAAAAUGAAAAUCGAGUCUAAAAACUGGAUAGUAAGUAUAAAAAAAAAACCACAAUGGGUGUCAACCAUUUUGUAGACUCAAUGGUGUUCAUUAGAAUGCGACCAGAGGAAUAAGAAUGUACUAAUCCAUGGGGCAGAGAUGACUAAAUACUACUGAUGUUUGUUACUUAAUGGGGCACAUUCUGAUGAAUAUUGUUUGGGUUCAUAAAAUGGGCGCCUUCCAUGUGUGACGUAAAAAAAUAAAAUUUAGGCAACUUUUUUUUUCCUGUGUAAAAAAAUUCUAUAUAUAUGUAGUGAUUGUACAACUACUACUUAUAAAGAGUGUCAAUGGUCUUGUGCAGUACUUAUUUUAAUACUGUACUUAUUGAUGUUUUUGUUUAUUUUCUAUGAGAAGACUAUGUUGGAGAUUUUUGUUUCCCCCCUUCCCCCACGAUUACGGAUUAAGAAUAUUCACAUAAUUUAAUGUACAUGGAACACUAAUGGAAAGGUCCAAUUUGUUUUCGCUCUUCCGGGGUGACCAGAUGGACUCUUUACACUUCUACACAAAAAAAAAUAAAUGCAUGUCUAAUUUUCACAAAGUUGUCUGCAACUCCACCAGAAUUUGUUGCAUGUAACCAGCAUGGGGGUAAUUCAUUCUUUAUAUAGAAUGGUAAAAGUAAACCUGUCUAGUGCAGGUUAGAAAUGUCUAGGGUUAGAUUUAACGGGGGGAGGAGAUUAUGAGACAUAGUUGCCAAGAAUAUUCCAAUUCUUUCUUGUAUAUAAAUUACACUUUUCUUCAUUUCAGUAAGGAUGAUAUAAAAUACAAACAUUUCUGAGAAGUACUGGGUACCAUUCCACUAUCAUGAAGCAUCCUGAGAAAAUACACAGUAAAAACUUUAUAAAAUCCGGUAAAAAAACAAAAAUGGAUGGUUAGCGAAAAAAAAAUCGGCAAUUUAUUUAUUAAUUUGAAUUUCAAUUUGUGCAGUUACGAAAGAAUAAAUUAUUGGAGGAGAAACACUAUUUGUUUGAAUACAACAAUGUGUAAUAUUUCCGUACAUUAGGGAUAAUAGGCCAUUCUUUAUAACCACCAAUGGCCUAAAUGUAAGUCCCUUUCAGAACUUUGAUGUGAGAUCAAACCAAUCCAAAGUUUUCGACAGCUAUGGAGCCAUUCAGGAAUUAAAUUUUUUUGAGCAAAGUGGAAGUUGAAUAUAAGUAAUAUGUACCCAUCAUCCUGUGUGGUUGUUAAUAGGGAAUAGGUAAUUGCAGAUAACGUCCAAAAUCGUGAAUAUCGGCCGAUAAUAUCGGCCAAACCGAUAAUCGGUCGAUCCCUACAAACAACCUAGCAAGCCAAAUAAAAACCUAAGAGAAAUAUUUUGCGUAGGUAAGAGAGGUUCCUAAUUUUUGACCCCGAUGAUGAUGUUUCUCCUCUAGUACAUCCAGAAGGAAAUCAAGUUUUUUUUUUGUUUUUUUUUGUCCAGGAUCUUCAUCACUAAGUCUACUUACUUCUAUGUAACUCAGUAUAAAGCUAGAAUAUUUUGGGAACAAAUACAAUUAUUCAUGACCCUCCCCCUUAAUCUUGUAAUAGUAACCAUUCCCGCUGCUUGUAAUACUAUUAACUAACGCAGUUAUGUGAGUCUUUUUAGCGGUAGAUACAUUUUUGCUAUUUUUUCCUUUCUAUUGAAGAAACAGAAGGUUAUGUCAUUGUAGAGAUGCUUUCGUCUUGUGACUAUUAAGUGCUUAUCUCAUCCCAGUAGCUAACUUGUGGACAGCAGUAUUUUACUAUUCUCCUAUCUUUCUGUGUGGUUUGUGAUAUCAAUGUACAUGAGUUGAAAAUGCAUCUGUCCUUUUUAAUGUGUCUAAUACUGAAUUAUACCUACAUAUUAUAUAAAGAUAUAUAUAUGCUUAUUUCCCUCCCUGUAUCCAUAUAGACCCAUGUCACUGUAUUACAUGCAAGUUUUAUACUCUGUUUUUAUAUUGCUUUCUUUCUUUGGGAAAAAAAAAUAAAUAAAAUGUUUUCUUCAA